AUGGAUGCCAGCGGAUCUAUCUUAAUAGCAAGUGUAAUCAAAGAUGUUUGUUCGCAAAGUGAAUCUAAGAAGCAUGCUGAAAUAGCUGACAUCCUGAAUCCUUUCAUUGGUUCAUCAUAUGAUUCUAUCUGCUUCAAUUAUAAUACUCUAAAUUCAAAGCAGAAAGUCAUUAAAUUAUAUAUAAAUUCAUUCUAUGGUGUAAUUGGCCAAAGUGACUUCCCAUUCUAUAUACUUGAACUUGCUGAAAGCGUUACUUCAGCUGGACGAGAAAAUAUCAAACUUGUUGCAAAAUUCGUGAAAAAGAAAGGUUUUGGAAUAAAAUAUGGUGAUACCGAUUCCCUAUAUCUCACUUGCCCAGAUUCCUAUUAUGAGAAAUGUGAUCUAUCUUACGAUAUUGGGAAAGGCAUAAUUUCAAAACAAGAGUUAAAAACCAAAUCAGAUUAUCUUAAAAUGGCUUAUGAAAAAGUAUUAUUUUCAAUAGUAUUCACUGGGAAGAAAAAGUAUUUUGGCAUCCCUUAUGAAGAUACCCUGAACUUCAAACCUAAAGAGUUUUUUAUAAGAAGAAUCAACACUGUGAAAUAG